UGUGAAAGCCCCCGUCUUGAUGUUUUCUUCUUGACAUCCACCUCGUGUACUUAUCUGGUGCGUCCGUGGUUUUGUUUAUUGUUUGACAAAGGACGUAGUUCUACGCGAGAGGGCGACGCCGGGCGGAUCCGAGAUCAUGGCGCCGCGACUGCAACACAUGCGGCACCGAAGGCGGAGUAGAGGCGGACCACGAGGAAAUGGGGUUUUAUUUUGUUCCGGACGCGGAACCUCCACCAAACCCUCAACUACUCAUCUGGCAGUAAUCCUAUUCCGGACGACCAGCACGAGAAGCGCGGGUCGCUGUCGUCCCUUUCCGCUGGUUCUAUCCCUGCUCGCAGCGACAAUUUUGACCGUCAGCAACAUCAUGAUCUUCUUCUUCGCCCUCGCCCAGCCUUCCGGCCAGUUAACCUUCUACCGGGAUGAGUUUUUCUGCUUCACCGACCCCUGGGCUGUCCAUUUGAACUACGAAAAUUGCUGUGUAGAGGGUCCGAACGCAAACGACGUUUGUUUCGAUAAUCCGGGCAGUAGUACUUCUAGCGGUUCCAGCAUGACAUCUUCACCUCUGAAUUUCAACCGGUGCUGCUGGGACACACCCCUGUACACGAAGACCAUAGAUUGCGAAACCGCGGAACUUAUCAAAUGUAAAAGUGUCUGGGUCCUCUGGAAGAUUGCCAGGUUUGUCAUGCACAUUUUGGAUGACUCAUGAUGUCUGUGAUGCAUGCCCUAGCAUCACAGAUUGUGUGAGGGCUUCCUGAUGCCUAUACCGCAUGGAAAAUGCUCUUUCCGACGUGUAGCAAAACUUGGACUCUCUUUGCUGCUCAUGCAAUACAGAUUUUUUUAGAAUCCAAAAUCAGCAUGACAAGUUGGAUUCUUCCAGACCCAGACACUUUUGCAGUGGAUAGAACUCAGCUACUGCUUGGGAAAGCUGGGAAUGGCGGAACUUCUUGUAGGUGACAGCGAUGACGACGCCUUUUUUGAUGGACAGAUCGACAACCUCCUCCCAUCAGAAACCAGAACUACAUCUGAGGACGCAGGUGGAGUGGAGCAGCACGAAGAUGUUGACCAGGAAUCUCACAUGACAACAGCACCAGGAGAAGUAGGAAGUCAAGGAGAUCAUGAGUCAUCAAAAAACCCAUCAUCUGGCUCAUCAUCUACUUCAUCAGGCAAGAAAGUCAACAUCGGGCUGAAAUUGAACCAGGCCUGCCUCCGCUCGGAGAAUACCGACGGCAGCAUUUUUGGCAUUGAGAAAAUGUCGAAC